GGGUGGAGCUUGAGGUGGCGGGAAACAACAUGAGUGGCUGGAGGCAAGGCAGGGCAAGGUAGGGAAGGACAGGACGUGGUUGGUGAUUGGCUGCGUGGUGGUGACGACAGGCGAUGGAAUUGUGGGGUCAUGUGUUAUCUUCUGCCUUUGUGUCUUGUAUGGAUAUAUUGACUGACUCGCUUCACGUUUAGCAACAAGAGGAAGGUGGCGUAAUAUACAGUAAAGCAAGAAAUAAUUUGUAGCAGGCUCAAUGUAGGGAUUGUAAGGAGGUCCAGGGAGGCGGAGCUUGACCUGUGGAGCAAGACGGGGGCGUGACCUGAGUGCUGGUUGGCGGGUCAGGGCGCAGUGAGGUGAUGGCGUUGGUUGCUAAUUAGCGGGUCAAGGCGCAGUGAGGUGAUGCGGGUGGUUACUGAUUGGCUCGCUGGCUGGCUGGAGUGGAAACAUUCAGUGCGGCGAAGGAAUCUUGACUCAGUGCAUCCUACGACCAUCUCCAUCCUUGUCUUGUCCGCCGAGGAGAGAAGGUGACAUCGUGAAGUGACGCAGUGGCUUGCCUGGCAUCACAGUAACGGAGGAAUCUGAAGCGAGUCUUUAGUCAUUCAGCCUUGCUCUGCCUUCCGGGGGGACUCUGACCGCCAACAGCAUCAAGUCAUCUGAGUUGGCUGUGAUAAAGUCUUGAGCAAUUCCUCCAUCCAUGUCCUGUCCACCGCGGAGAGACGAGACUGCCACAGCGGCGCCUCAGGAAGCCUUGGCCUGUGUCAGCACAAUGGCGGAGAACAUACAGCAAAGCCACCAAACCAACACCGAACAGCACCCACAGGAGCAGCCAAACAACCCCCUCACUUUGCUACUAACAGUGUUGGAAUACGAGGAUCCACACUCCCCCGUCCCGGACCCCAGUGUGUACGACCAGCAAGGCUACAACUGUUUUGGAUACGACAAGGAAGGUUAUGACAAGGAUGGCUACAAUUGGCAGGGGUUUGAUAGGCAGAGGAGGAGCAGGUGGCUAAGGCGUCCCUCCACAGCCCGCCUCAUGCUUAGACGCGCUUUCCUGCAACAUUCCCGCCAAAACUGCUGUGUGGGUUCUGAAGAUGCGAAGACUGUCAGGGAAGGCGCGAGUUGCUAGCUAGUGUCUGUGUGUAGAAUGGUUCCUCCUGUGUGUGUUAUGGUGUUUUUUAUCUUAUUUUUUAGCUUUUUCCUCCUUUCUUUCGUUUAUUUAUUUUACUUUUGGUCAUCUCUUACUCUUUAUUAUUACUCUCUAAUU